AUGUUCAAAAUUAAACGUAAAGAACAUCAUCAUAUCAUUCUAACAUUAGGACAAAUGCAAACAGAUGUUAAACGAUAUAAAGCUGUACAAAUGUUAAUGGAUCAAAUAUUUAAAGUACUUAAUUCAAGUCGUAUUGCUCUAACAAGUGCUGGAUUUGUUCCAUCAGUUUCUUCUUUUCCAACUGAAGAAUCAGUUCGUGAACAAUUAUCAUUACUUCUUGAAAAUGUUCUUUUUCUUGGCGAUAUUGCACUUUUCUUUCCUGAUGUAUUUCAUCGUUUUUAUGAUCAAGAUCAACAACGUCGAAUAUUAACAUCAUGGUCUUAUUCUUUUGCUAUUGAAACAGAAUUCUAUGAUGAAAAAUCAUUAGAAAUUUUAUCAUUAAUGGCUCAAGAACUUAAUUUAAUAGAAAAAUCUCCUUCAUUUCACAAUCCUUACGUUUUCAAACAAAAAGAUCAACAAAAAAAACAAUUUGUAUCAAUUGAAAAUCAACCAGACCAAGUGCAAAAAAAGAAAUCAAAAGAAAAAAUCAAGAAAAAACGAGGACCUGGUCUAUCUGGCAGUCGUAUUGAAUUGUGA